CUUUCCCCCACAUCAGAGACUCACCUGCAGAGAAGACCUAAGGAGUGCCUCUGCUCUGUGGUUUUCAGCUAAAAGUGCCAACUGUAAGUGGGGGAGUGGGUGAAAGCCAGGGCACCAGGUCUCUUUCGGAGAGAGGCUGAUGAGCUGGGUGAGCCUUCAGGUGAGGACACGGUGAGACCUCGUUGUUAGGGCAAGGUCAUCAUUUCUACCCACUCCUCCUGGUGUCUCUCUGUCUGCACAACAGCCCACAAUGGUGAGGUCCCUGGCCUUCCAUCUGCUCCACCUCCCCAUCUGCCUCGCCUUGGUCCAGCUGCUCACGCCCUGCUCAGCUCAGUUUGCUGUGGUUGGACCCCCUGAGCCCAUCCUGGCCAUGGUGGGUGAAGUCGCUGAGCUGCCCUGUCACCUGUCCCCAAUGAUGAGCGCUGAGACCAUGGAGCUGAUGUGGCGGCGAACUGAACUCAGGCAGGUAGUGUGUGCAUAUGCAGAUGGCAAGGAAGAAACAGAGAUAGCAGAGUAUCAAGGGAGAACUUCAAUUUUAAGAGAGGACAUCACUGAGGGGAAGGCUGCUUUGCGGAUUCUCAAUGUCAGAGCCUUUGACAGUGGAACCUACCAGUGUUUUUUCCAAGAUGGUGAUUUCCUUGCAAAAGCCCUGGUGGAGCUGAAGGUUGCAGCCCUGGGCUCUGAUCUUCACGUUGACAUGAAGGGCUAUGAGGAUGGAGGGAUCCGUGUGGAGUGCACGUCUGCAGGCUGGUAUCCGCAGCCCCACAUAGAGUGGAGAGGUGACGGGGGAGAGAGCUUGCCCGCCAUGACAGCGCCUGGGGCUACAGAUGGAGAGGGUCUGUAUGCAGUCACGUCAUCUGUGAUCCUGAAAGGCGGCUCUGGAAAGGGGGUCUCCUGUGUCGUCAGAAACCCCCUGCUCAGCCAGGAGAAGACAGCCAGGGUCUCCAUUGCAGGCCCCUUCUUCUCCAGUGCACAGCCCUGGCUGGUGGCCGUGGGGGUGACCCUUCUGGCUCUGCUGUGGCUCCUGGCUGGGGUGGUGAUCUCAUGGUGGCAACAGCAGAAGAGAAUCCAGGACUUGAUCCAAGAGAUGGAGAGGGAGCGAGCUGAGAAAGAAGCAGCACUGGCUGAGAAGCAGCAGGAGCAAAGAAAGAGAAGCUGCAGGAGGAGCUCAGUUGCAGGAAGUACAAAGCAGAAGUACCUGGCACGUGACAAGGCUCAGGCCUAUGCAGAGUGGAAGAUGGACCUUUACCAACCUGCCGACGUGAUUCUGGAUCCAGACACCGCGCACCCCAACCUCCGUAUUUCUGCGGACCAGCGGAGCUUGCAGUACACAAGUACAUGGCAGAACCUGCCAGACAACCCCAGGAGAUUUCAGGAUCGUUACUGCGUGCUGGGCCGUGAGAGCUUCAUGUCAGGCAGACACUUCUGGGAGGUGGAGGUGGGGGACAGGAAACAAUGGCAAUUCGGGGUGUGCAGGGAAAAUGUGCAGAGAAAACAUUAUGUUAAAAUAACACCCCAGAAUGGAUUCUGGACAAUAGCACUUUUGGGUGGGUAUGACUUCCAGGCUCGAACGGAUCCCCGGAGCAAACUCACAAUUGCCAACCCUCCCAAAAGAGUGGGGGUUUUCCUGGACUAUGAGAACGGGGAGGUCUCCUUCUAUGAUGCCAUCAAUGGAUCGCACAUCUUCACUUUCUCACAUGCUUCCUUCCAUGGGGCUCUGUGGCCUGUUUUCAAGCUUUUCUCAGAGGAGCCCACUGCCUUGACCAUUUGCCCAGCAAAAGAAUGUGUUGGGAAUUACCUUGGGUCUAACCCACUGCCUGGCCUUUCCCUGGAGACCCAUGUGGCCUCAGGCUCAGCUGAUAGCAAUGAGGACCCUCAGGCAGAACUACAGCCUUUGCUUGCCCAUGCCCAGUCCCGAGCUGAGGGGCUACUUAACAACAAAACUUCUCAGCAAGAACAUCUUUGCUAAAAAAUCACCGAGUGAAGCACUUUACUAGUUAUCUUUUAACUUUUCUAUAUGUCAGAUGAAAAGACCUGGUUGCAGGAAGUUAACUUUCCAAAAGUGACUCAGCUCCCUUCCUGCCACCAUAGCUCACACUCACAGAUACCUUAGAAUGUGGUGGGUGUUGGGCUAAAGACUUCAGGUGACUUUCACUCACCAAUCCUCACAGCACCCUGUGAGGUGGCCACAUUGAGCAUGUGGUAAGGGAGGCAGGGCCCAGGGAAGUGACAUGUAAUUCAUGCAGGAAGCAGUGCUGCUGGGAGGUGUUUGACCUCUGCCUCUACCUCCAGUCUGUUCCUUUGUAGCC